UAUAUUCUUUCGGUUAUUAUGUCAUGGUUUGGGUCUGGUGGCAGAGAAAAACGGUACAGCCAGUGAAAAAUGGAGGGAAACUAAGGCAAUACAUAAUUAACGGUCUCGAGCCAGUGUCCGUCAUAGACCACUCCACCUUCACACCGGGAAAUCGUAGUUUUUUAUUAGAUAAAGUACAGAGCUACAUUAUCAUUAUUUUUAUUAUUAUUAUUAUUAUUAUUUAUUGUCGUUUUUUAGUAUUAUUUGUAUAUUAUCGUUGUGGUUAAUGUUAUUACUAUCAUUGUCAGUAUCCUCGGAUAGUUCACUGGACAUCUAGAAAAUUCCAACAGUAUAAGCCGUCCAUAGUUCUCGCUGUUGCCGCCAUAUACUGAACUUCUAGAGAUACGCAUAAAAUAUUGAGGACAUUUUAGAGGAAACAUCUAUCGAUCUACUCACAAAACAUGAUCUCCGCACUACCAACCCGGGCUUUCGGAAUAUUAGUUUUUGCGACAUGGGCGCAGAGAUCUGUUUGGUGUCAAUACUACGGUGAGCAGAUAGGGGAUGGUCAUGGUGGUCAUAAUGAAGAACAUCAUGAAGAUCAUCACGUGAAGCCGCUUUACAAGUACGGAUAUUGGGUGCACGAUCCAAAAACGAAAGAUGUUAAGAGCCACUGGGAACACCGGGACGGAGACACGGUGCAUGGUUCAUACUCGUUUUUGCAACCGGACGGACACAUGAGGGUGGUCGAAUACACGGCUGACAAGCAUAAUGGAUUCAACGCACACGUCAAGUACAUGUACGAAGGACACGGAGGAGGCAACGAUGGAGGGAGCGGUGACGGUGGCGGAUUCGGGGGAAGUGGUGGUGGCGGAUUCGGGGGGAGCGGCGGUGGUGGAGGAUUCGGCGGCGGCUUCGACAACCAUUUGGAGGACGCGUCGGGAAAACAGUCCGCACCGAUCGGAGGUGGUGGUAUCGGAGUGGGAGGCCGACCAAAGCAGCCGUUACACAAGUUCUACAAGAAACCACGAACGGAAAAACAUGGCGGCCAACCGGGUCAGUAUAAAAAACCGCAUCAGUUCGACGGCCGUCCGAAACCAGUGGGUGGAUACAAGAAACAGCGGCUGUCGCCAUCCGCGGAACAGUCGGCUGAACACCACCUUGGUGGUAGACCCAAUAGCCAUUUCGAUCAGCUGCCCAAGUUCGGCGCCCCUGGACAUCAUCAAACCAAUUCAUUAGGUGUCGGCGGCGGCGGUAGCCCCGAACGUUACCAUGCAAAUCAGCUGGGCGGCAGUGGUAGCCCCGAACGUUAUCACGCAAAUCAGCUGGGCGGUGGUGGUAGCCCCGAACGUUAUCAGUCGAGCCAUUUGGGCGGCGCCAGUCCGUUCGGGUAUUUGGCCGAGGAACAGGGCACCGAUCAUCCGGUUGAACACUUAUCCCGCAAGUACUCGUCGACGACGUCGGCGGACACGUCUGCCUACCUGACCGGCAUCCAACAACUAUCGUCCGAACACGACCCAGUGGUACACCGUCAGACGGACGUAGCUCCUGCAGCGUCGACGGAACGCCAGCACCACAGCGGUUCGUCCGAGGAACGUCAGCCACAAGUACCGGGCUCGGAACUGGAGCCACCUCAACCGGUGCAGGUGAAUGGGCCUUCCGAAGAGCCGCGUGACGAUGGAAGCGCGCCGCUGCAGUACGACGAUGCCGACAACCGUUCGCAGGAACGGGACGAUAGGGACGGCAGGGACGGCCAGGAUGACAGAGACGACAGGGAUUACCGGGACGACCACGCAGCUGACUCUGCUGACAAGACAGCGGUGACGGUACAAAAGCAACCGUUGCGGGAAUACCGUUUCGAGGAGCCGCCAUACCCGUUCGAAAUUCCCGAAAGCGUGCAAGUCUCCGGCAAAUACCGAAAGAGGCACUCGCCGCAGCCGCCGGUAAACAUGCACAGAUACACGGCCGCAUCGUCGUACUUUCCCAGCUGGUACGGCGGUAGCAGACACUACGAUUAGGGGGCAUUAGGACUGGCCGAUUCGCGACCGCGUCGAAGGGCUGUUUUCCAGGAGCAAUAAUAUUAUAGUUGCGCUUUGUUGUUAUUUUUAUUGUUAAAUUGUUUUAGUUUGCUAUCAAUAUUUCCAUUUCCAUAUUGGUAACUAUGUAAGCAUAGGGUAUCAUUGCCUACGAAACUUUAUACACACAUUGAGGUAAAAUCGAGUAGAAUAACGGCAUUAUAAAUAAUAGAAACAAUAUUAUUUACAUAACAGUAUAAUAGUACAUAAUACUAAAGAAUGCACAUGAAGCUAUUCCUAUAAUCAUAUUGAAACUCUGCAGCCACAAGAUUGACGAAGAAAAACAAAAACAAAAAUUUAAACAACAACUUUUGAUGAACAUGCCACUCUAAGAUAACGAAACUGUGGUAACCAUUACAGGAAUACCGUUUCGACACGAACCUGCGAUGACGUACCCCUUCAAAUUAUUGUCGUGAAUGUACACGUACCUGUUUGGUAAAUUUCCUCUUUUUUAAAAACUUCAUCGUUCAUCAUCCACAGGGCAGAAGUGUUCAAUAUUGUGAAUCGUAUGAAAAUAUCUGCACUAAAAAUAAUUUAAUUAUGAACGGAUAUUACCCACUUAGUCUAAGAGUUUGUCCGUUUGGUCCACCUGGAAUCCUUUUUGGUAUCCCACCAUCCCAACACGAACGUAUAAUAUCCCGAAUUACCGACGAGUAUUAUCCACAAAAAUAUUUUAAAGUAUCAAUUUUUAUUCAUGAAUACCUCGUUAAAAUCUUUAUUUUAUCAACCUCUU